GCCAUCACCAUCAUCAUGUCGAACACACAGCUUCAUCAAUCCCCAUCUGCCUCCCCAACCUUGGUCCCAUUAACCAAACCAUCUAGCCAAGGCAAUGGCGGCAUCGCAACUUUACUAGUACAGUCCACACCUGCGCUCCAAAAGAGCCCUAGAAGCGUUCUGGUGGGGGUUGCAUCGAGUAAUAUCAAAGUGGUUGCCAGCCCGAUCGCUGUCGAGAAAUCGCUGUCGGUUAAAGCGGUAGUGAUUGUGAAACCCAAGAUUGGUGGGUUCUUCUCGCACAUCGCAAUAAGCAGAGGGCUCGAUAAGAUCACUGAUCUAGUGGGGAAAACAAUCCUCUUGGAGCUUGUUAGUGCAGCGCUUGACCCAAAGACGGGACAAGAGAAGAAGACGACCAAAGGGUACGUGCGCGAGACGAGCCAGAAUGAGGAGGGCGUGACGUACGAGUGUGAGUUCGUGGUCGGAGAGGAGUUUGGGGAGGUCGGGGCGAUUUUCGUGGAGAAUGAGCACCACGAGGAGAUGUACAUCAAGGACAUCAUCCUCGACGGGCUCGAGAGUGGUCCUCUUAGCAUCACAUGCAAAUCAUGGGUUCACUCCAAGUACGAUAACCCACAAAAGAGGGUCUUCUUCACCAAUAAGUGCUAUUUACCGUCGGAAACACCGAGCGGGCUAAGGAGACUGAGAGAGGAGGAGCUGGUGAUCUUGCGAGGGAACGGCCAAGGCGAGAGGAAGUCGUACGAGAGGAUAUACGAUUACGAUGUGUACAAUGACCUCGGGAAUUCGGACAGCGACGCGGAUAAGAAGAGACCGGUGCUCGGUGGACAAGAGCUUCCGUACCCUAGACGAUGUCGGACCGGGCGCCGUCAGUGCAAGACCGAUCCACUAUCGGAAUCGAGAAGCAGAAGCAUAUAUGUGCCUCGAGACGAACAAUUCUCGACGAUAAAAAACUCAACUUUCUCUGCGAAGACAGUGUACUCCGUGAUGCACGCGCUGUUGCCGUCUCUAGAGACGGCAAUAGUUGACGCCAACCUGGGGUUCCCCUUCUUCACCGCCAUCGACAAGCUCUUCAACGAAGGGGUCAACUUGCCCCCGUUGCAGAAGCAAGGCUUCCUCAAGGACCUCUUCCCUCGACUUGUCAAAACCAUCACCGAUGCCUCCCAAGAUCUCUUGCGUUUCGAAACCCCAGAAACCAUGAACCGAAACAGAUUCUUUUGGUUUAGUGACGAAGAGUUCGCUCGUCAAACCCUAGCUGGAAUUAACCCAUGCACGAUCCAAUUGAUCACGGAAUGGCCCUUGAGGAGCGAGCUAGACCCCACCAUCUACGGUCCAUCCGAAUCAGCCAUUACGAUAGAUAUCAUCGAGAGGGAAAUCAAAGGCUUCAUGACAGUCAACGAGGCCAUAAAGCAAAAGAAGCUGUUCAUGCUAGAUUACCACGACCUGUUCCUACCGUACGUGAACAAAGUGAGGCAGCUCAAAGGGACAACGUUGUACGGGUCGAGGACGAUCUUCUUCUUGACCCCAGACAACACAUUGAAAUCCCUCGCCAUCGAGCUCACGCGGCCACCGACCGACGAUGGAAGACCGCAAUGGAAGCAGGUGUUCACCCCGCCGUGCCACUCCACUGGCAUGUGGCUUUGGCGGCUUGCCAAGGCCCAUGUCCUCGCCCACGACUCUGGAUACCACCAGCUCGUUAGCCAUUGGUUACGGACUCAUUGUGCUACAGAACCUUACAUAAUAGCGACGAACCGGCAACUAAGCGAGAUGCACCCGAUCUAUAAGUUGUUGCACCCGCAUUUCCGAUACACGAUGGAGAUCAAUGCUCUGGCUCGUGGGAAUCUCAUCAACGGCGACGGCAUCAUUGAGAGCACCUUCUCACCUGGCAAGUAUUCCAUGGAGCUCAGCGCCGUCGCCUACGACAAGCAGUGGCAAUUCGACUUACAAGGCCUGCCAAAUGACUUGAUCAGCAGGGGCCUGGCAGUGGAGGACCCGACGGCACCCCAUGGCCUCAAGCUAGCGAUCGAGGACUACCCCUUCGCUAACGACGGCCUCCUCUUGUGGGACGCCAUCAAGGAGUGGGUCACCGACUAUGUCAACCACUACUACCCCGACCCGAGCCGCGUUGCUUCAGACAAUGAGCUCCAAUCCUGGUGGACUGAGAUCCGGACCGUUGGCCACGGCGACAAGAAAGACUCCCCCGGGUGGCCUGACCUAAGGAGCCCGUCCGACCUCAUCCACAUUAUCACCACCAUGGUUUGGGUCACCUCCGGCCACCACGCUGCUGUCAACUUCGGCCAAUACACCUACGGCGGCUACUUCCCAAACCGGCCCACCAUCGCCCGAACCAAGAUGCCUGUCGAGGACCCGUCGGAAGAAGAGCUCAAGAUCUUCAUGGACAAACCUGAGGUCGCACUCCUCAAGUGCUUCCCGUCGCAGAUACAGGCGACAAAGGUGAUGGCAGUCCUCGACGUGUUGUCGAACCACUCGCCGGAUGAGGAGUACCUGGGACAAGAUCCGGAACCGGCAUGGAAGGAGGAGCCGGUGGUAAACACGGCAUUCGAGAGGUUCAAUGGGAGGCUGAAGGAGCUUGAGGGCAUCAUCGACGCGAGGAACAACGACCAAAGGUUUAAGAAUCGGAGCGGAGCCGGGAUCGUGCCGUAUGAGCUCUUGAAGCCGUUCUCUGAGCCCGGCGUGACCGGGAAGGGAGUUCCAUACAGCAUUUCCAUUUGAGGAAACGACAUAUCAUGGCGACGGCAAUGGUGGCUGCAGAUAAU